CCGCCGCGGCAGGCGCAGCGCCGGGAGGCCGCUGUCUCCCCGGGCGGCCCCGGGGAUGGCGGGGGCGGCUCCGUGAGGGCUCCUUAAAAAUGACCUCCGGGAAUUCCUCGCCGUCGUUCUUCCCUGUGGGUUUCGCCGACUGUCGCUGCCGCUGGUUAAGGUUCUUCCCAGCAGCAGAACUGAAAGCCUUACAAGACAGCGAUGGCUUUUUCUCUAGGAUUUGAAUAUGGAGGCCACAGGGACAGAUGAAGUAGAAAAGAUAAAAUCAAAGUUUAUGUCUGCAUGGCACAACAUGAAAUACAGUUGGGUGUUGAAAACAAAAACUUACUUCAGCAGAAACUCUCCAGUCUUUCUGCUGGGAAAAUGUUACCACUUCAAAACUGAGGAGUCUGGUGAGCUCUCUACAGAUGGGGCCAAUUUUGAUAAAAUCAACACAGAGAUUUCAGGAAAUGUUGAGGAGUUCCGUAAAGAUUUUAUUUCCAGAAUCUGGCUGACAUACAGAGAGGAAUUCCCUCAGAUAAAGGGGUCUGCAUUAACCACAGACUGUGGCUGGGGCUGCACACUGAGAACUGGGCAGAUGCUGCUGGCUCAGGGCCUUAUGCUUCAUUUUCUUGGGAGAGCCUGGGUGUGGCCGGAGGCGCUGGACAUGGACUCGGACUCGGAGUCCUGGACGUCCCACACGGUGCGGAAGCUCACGGCGUCCUUCGAGGCGUCGCUCACGGCAGAGAGGGACCCCAAGAUCCUGCCCCAGCCGCAGGCACGGCCCCAGCGGGGCACGAGGAGGAGCUGGGAUGUCAACGAGAGGAGAAACGAAACUUACCACAGAAAAAUAAUCUCUUGGUUUGGUGACUCCCCACCGGCAGCUUUUGGCCUGCACCAGUUGAUAGAAUAUGGGAAGAAGUCCGGGAAAAUGGCGGGGGAUUGGUACGGCCCGGCUGUCGUCGCUCACAUUUUAAGAAAAGCUGUUGAAGAAGCAAAAGACCCUGAGCUGCAAGGAGUAACAGUCUAUGUUGCUCAGGACUGUACAGUCUACAGCUCCGAUGUCAUUGACAGACAAUGUUCUUUCAUGGAUUCUGGAAAAGCAGGCACAAAAGCUGUAAUUAUAUUAGUUCCUGUGAGACUCGGUGGAGAGAGAACAAACACGGACUACUUGGAGUUUGUAAAGGGAAUUUUGAGCCUGGAGUACUGUGUUGGAAUUAUUGGUGGCAGACCCAAGCAGUCGUAUUACUUUGCUGGAUUCCAAGAUGACAGUUUGAUUUACAUGGAUCCUCAUUACUGCCAAUCUUUUGUAGAUGUCAGCAUAAAGGAUUUCCCUCUUGAGUCAUUCCAUUGUCCUUCUCCCAAAAAGAUGUCAUUCAAAAAAAUGGAUCCGAGCUGCACAAUAGGAUUUUACUGUAGGACUGUGCAGGACUUUGAGAAGGCUUCUGAAGAAAUCACCAAGAUGCUGAAAUCUUCAUCCAAGGAGAAAUAUCCUUUGUUUACUUUUGUCAAGGGUCAUUCUAAAGACUAUGACUUUGCUUCUAGUCCACUCCAUGAAGAAAAUGACCUUUUCUCUGAGGAUGAAAAGAAGAGAUUAAAAAGAUUUAGUACAGAGGAGUUUGUCUUGCUUUAAGGACGUUUUCCAUGAGGUUAUCGGCAGCUGUCCAGGAGAACACUUGCCUUUUAAAAGAUAAAAAUGUACAUGUCCUCCUCCCCCAGAAAGGCAAGCUUGGGUCAAAUUGGUCUAUUUUCAUAAAGAUGAUAAUGUUUUAUAUGUUAAUUGUCUUUAAAAUGUCAUUUACUAAUGUAUGUACUGAUUAGUUUUGCUCACUCUUUGCUCAGAACAAGGUGUGCUGAGGUGAGCCUGGGCUUCCCCUCUUAAAAACCUUGGCUAUUCCCUAAAUCCCACCCUGUGGCCCUCAUGUCCUUCAGUCCAGGCCAAGUCCUGGUGGGUUUUGGAUGCAUAUCCAGAGGUUUGGAGACCAUGUUAUUCCUGUUUGUAAGCAGAAGUGGAGUUGUAUCCUGUGGGAGGGGUCCAAGUCUCCCCUGUGUUGCCCCAGCAGGAGUUCCUGCUGCCAUCCUGACACAUCCUGCACAGCUCCAUGCAGGAAAGGUGAGACUGAUGGAUCGGGAGUCACUGUCAGCUGCAAUCCUGACAUAAUUAUAUAGGCUGAAUUGUGAGUUAAGGUACUAUUUAGCAGUAUGAUUUUCUAAUGGUUUCUCAUUAAGCUUGCUUUGGAGCCUUAAUAUGAGGAGAGAAGAUAAAGUAUUACCUUUCCCCACAAUUUUUAAAGGUUAUACUAUUAAUAUUAACUGCAACCAAUCAAAGCAGCUCCAAACAAUUAUUAGAGGAGAGCAGUGUUUGUUUCCUGUUUCAACUACCAUAAUGGUGAGGCUUCUCCUACUAGUGCAGCUUUUAAAUCAAAGCAAAGGGGGGUGGAUGUGAGAAAUUCUGGGCUGUGAUUAUGAUUUUUUUGUUUUGAUACGUGUUGUUACUGUACAAAUGAUUACUUGAUGGUGUGUGUUCUCAGAUUGCAAACAAAUGUACAGAAAUAGUUUAAUGUUUUAACAAAGCAAAUGCAAUAUUUAAGAGACAUAUUAACGCUGCUUAGGAAAUAAAAAAGGUGUGGAAACAUGAA